GGCGGCGGCGGCGGCGGGGAAGAGAUGCUGGCCGCGGGGCGGAUGGCGCCCCCAGGACGGAGCGGCUCCAGUGAAGGGCUUGUUGGGUGAUCCAGCUGCGGCUGCCAACGUGGAGCCUGAAUGGAAAAGUUGCAGAAGCACCUGGCCUCCCCCAGGAGCACCGGCGUCUCGUCUUGGGGCUCUGGGGCCCCCGGAUCUCCCUCCAGCAUCACGGCCAAGAUGGACAACGAAGUCCUUGGCUACAAGGACCUGGCCGCCAUCCCCAGGGACAAGGCGAUCCUGGACAUCGAGCGGCCUGACCUGAUGAUCUACGAGCCCCACUUCACCUACUCCCUCCUCGACCACCUGGAACGGCCGAGGAGCCGGGAGCCCUCGCUCUCGCCCACGUCUCUCUCUCCUCCCCCGUCGCCAGAAGUCAGCCACGAGUGGGCAGAGGCCAAAUCCCCAGGAAGCGUUGGGAAGGCCUCCGGGCGCCGGGCCGGCAGCAGGAACCGCUCUGGACUCCAGCACUUCCAUCAUCCCGAGAGCAACACCACGGAGCUGAACAUCUACAAGAAGCCGCCCAUCUACAAGCAGAGGGAGUCUGGGCCGGCCCCGACCCCCGAGAGCAAGCGGCUGAUGGAGGGCCUGAUCAUUGAAUCCUCCAAGUUCCCUGCGGCUCAGCCGCCGGACCCCAGCCAGCCAGCCAAGAUUGAGACGGACUACUGGCCCUGCCCGCCCUCCCUGGCCGUCGUGGAGACCGAGUGGCGGAGGCAAAAGGCGGCCAAGAGGGGCGAGGAGCUGGAUGAGGAUGCGGAGGAAAUGCGAAAUCUCCGGGAGCUGCAGGAACAAGAGCUGAGCAAGGUGGCCUCCAACCUGGGCAGGCUCAUCCUGAAGGAGGAGAUGGAGAAAUCGCUCCCAGUCCGGAGGAAGACGCGCUCCCUGCCAGACCGGACUCCCUUCCACCCUGGCGGGAGGCGGGAGAGCAACCUGCCUUGACGCGGCUCUGCUCCUCUCCUUCCGCAGCUGCAGUCGACCGAGUUUGGAUCCGGCAGCAGUGACAGGGGCAGCCCAGGUCUGCAGAACGGCCAGAGAAGCCGCAUGGACAGAGGCAGCUCCCUCCCCAGCAUGCUGGAGCAAAAGAUUUAUCCCUACGAGAUGCUGGUGGUGACCAACCGAGGGCGAGUCAAACUGCCGCCCGGAGUGGACCGGACGCGACUGGAGCGGCACCUGUCACCCGAGGACUUCCAGCGGGUCUUUGAGACGUCCCCGGAGGAAUUCUCCCGCCUGGCCCUGUGGAAGCGGAACGAGCUGAAGAAGAAAGCCGGCCUCUUCUGAGCCCCUCGCAGCAGCCGCUGCCGCCGCCACCACCCUCCGGCCCGCCCAGCGUGAGCCCCGCCUGUGUCGUGCAUCGCAGAGGCUUUAGGGCGCCUCGUGGGCAGGCGCCAAGGAACACCCCCCCACCCCCGGCCCCGAGGAAGGAAGCCGGCAGCCCCAGCCAGGCAGCCGCCUGGGAGUGCGCAGCUGCCCCCCCUCCGAGCGUGAGCCAGAACCUGGAGCAGUUGGGUGGGAAAGGGGGGGGGCUCCCCUUUCCUGGCAGCAGAAAGGCCCCUCCUCAACCGCCACCCAGCAGGAGUGAUGCCCGGGGCCGAUGGCCUCACUCUCUCCCUCCCAGCUCCCUGGUUCUCCUCCCCAGGCAGUUGGGACCCUCCUCUUUUCAGAGUUGGGGGGCCGUUGGGCCGUCCCAGUGCAGCCGGGCUGGGCUUCCAGGGGGGCUCUGGGCGGUCCUGGUCUCUGUCCUGGCUGCUGCUGGCUUCCGGCUGUCCUGCCUCGGGGGGGGGGCGGAGGGGGUUGCCCCACAAAAAGGAGGAGAGGCACAAGGGCCCCCGGCACUCUUCCUCCGCCCCCUUCCCCAGAAACGCCCCUCCGAAGAUCGCCCAGCAUCCCAACUGUCUCUGGGGCAGUUCAAGUCAUUCCAGAGCAGCGACUGGUCUGCGGACGAACCUUCCCAGGCGGCUGAGCCAGGAGUGCGCAGAGCCCCGUCCCUCCAUCGCCCGCCAAGC